AUGCAUGUAGUUUUGAAUGCUGUUAUCGUACAAUUGUUCUGCUUUGCGUUGAUCAGUUUCAUAGUUGAGUUGAUACCUAAAUUCCUUCUGUCAAAAAAAGGUUUUUUACUUGACCAAGGAUUCGACUUUCUAUCCAUAUCCAUGUCCUUUGCUGGCCGUGGUAAGUCAGAUAAUCGACUAGUACCUGGAUUUGGUAAUAGCAUUUUUCCUGCUGGCGGCCACUUUAGAAAACAUGCUGGUGAAGAACGAAAGUUUGUAAAACCAAAAGCUGAUCGACAGACAUAUGAUGGGAAAACCAAAAGAUCACAUAUAACUAGAAAGGCCAUUGACUACAACUCAGUUGUCAUGUAUUAUACAACGCACCGUGUUUUUUACAAAAACAUACUGGAGUACCCUACACUACAUCCAGAUCCAGCCUUUGUAAAAUAUAUGCAACCUCCGGCUUCCUUACUAGAUUGCCCAGCUAGCAGUAUUACUGGGAAAUUUGUUUCUCGCUCUACAAAUAAGGAGCCUGAACCUGUUUUUGUAGUCAGCUGGACCCCGGAUGGUCGUCGUUUGUUUACCGGAAAUUCUAAAGGUGAAAUCACUCUUUGGAACGGGAUGACUUUUAAUUUUGUGACUAUAAUUGCUGCGGAACAAAAGAGUUCUGUUCGGGCGAUGGAAUGGACGCACUCUUGCGAUUGGCUUGUAACAGGAAAUGAUAGUGGCUUUGUUACCUAUCACGACCCGAAUAUGACGACAGCUCAAAACUUCCAAGCUCACAGUAGUUUCAUUCGUGGGAUUUCGUUUUCUCCAACAGACCGCUAUUUCGUGUCGUGUUCUGAUGAUCAGUCUUUAAAAUUUUGGGACUUUCACAAUCCGUCUGCUCCUAUACGAGUUAUUCAAGUUAAAUCUGAAGUGCGUAGCGCUGAUUGGCAUCCUUAUAACUCUCUAGUUGUUUCUGGCACAAAACAUCACCUUGUACAACUCUGGGAUGCAAGAUCUAAGCUAAGCGAGCCUAUUCAUACACUCCAGACUCAUAAAGAGGCCGUUGUAAAAACUUUUUGGAAUCAGAAUGGAAAUUGGUUUAUCUCAGCCUCGAACGAUCAUUCAGUCCGUUUAUAUGAUAUUCGCACAAUGAAAGAGUUACAGUUUUUCCGCUACCAUAAUGGUGGCCCAGUUUCAUCGAUAGCCUGGCAUCCAUUUCAUGAAGGAUUAUUUUCAUCCGCUGAUAAAAAAGGAAACAUCGUUUUUUGGCAGGUUGGUACUGAUGUGCCCCUUGGAAGGAUUAUUCAGAGUCAUCGUAACUAUGAUCCCAGUAUUUGGGAUAUGAAAUGGCACCCAUUUGGACACAUUUUGUGCACAGGAUCUAAUGAUUGCUCGACUUGGUUUUGGUGCAGAAAUCGACCUGGAGAUAAAAUAGACGAUUUAUACAAUGACCCUAGAGUGGGAACCAAUAGUAAUCAUAGUAUCAUGCCCGGAAUGGUUCCUGCUCAAUCCGGAAUUCAAACUGUUGGUAUCAAUCAUGGCAGUGUUCAUGGAUCUGCAGCAUAUGAUGACAUGUGGCAAUUUUACAGAUCCGUCGGGUCUGAUGACGUUUCAAACAACCUACCAGGGGGUUUCAAUGGCAGCUAUUAUUCAGAAAAUUUGUCAGAAAAGUAUAAAUACAUCAUUCCAGCUGUAGCUGGUAUUGAAUCAAGCGAUCUCGCACAAAUUGAAGUUCCUUGUCUAGGACCUAUCAACCAACCUCGCCACACCAUUAAUCAAGGUAACACGAAUGCAGCUAACGCAGCUAAUAGCUUUAUCAAUUCUUAUUGUACCUAUUCCUCUACAAAUACAGAGACAACAGACAAUAACUAGGUAAUGAACGGUGCUUCCUAAACUGGCUUACCAACUAGUAUCACCAACAGAUUAGGCAAGUGAUUCGUAACCCUCAUUAUAGUACUUAGAGUUUUACACUACUACAAACGUUGUAUAGUUUUAAUAAAUUUGUAAACCGGAGCCGCAUUUAAUUU